GCUAUCUCUCAUUCCCCCCACAACAUUUCACUCGUCUUUCUUCUUCUUCUUCUUCUUCUUCUUAUGCUCACUAUGACGCAACAGAAUGUGGUUGUGCCCGCCGAGGAGACUAAAAGGGCGCAAAAGCCACCGGCUAUACCGGGAGCCUACAUUCCCAUUCCCAGGAGGACUGUCUUGAAGACCCUUGAAAUCAAUGCUUGGCUUGACUCCAUGAGAGCAUCUUCUCCCACUCAUCUCAAAUCCACUCCUUCUCUCGCUCAAGACCACUCCUCUUCUUGGAUUCUUAACCACCCAUCGGCACUAGACAUGUUUCAACAAAUCAUACAUGCAUCAAAGGGAAAGCAAAUAGUCAUGUUUCUCGACUAUGAUGGCACCUUGUCACCCAUAGUCGAUGACCCCGAUCGUGCUUUCAUGUCCGAUUCAAUGAGAAAGACUGUGAGGAAGCUUGCAACGUGUUUUCCUACUGCUAUAGUUACGGGCAGAUGCAGAGACAAGGUAUAUAACUUUGUUCGGUUGGCGGAACUAUAUUAUGCUGGAAGCCAUGGCAUGGAUAUAAAAGGCCCAACAAAAACCUCCAAAUAUAACAAAGACACCAAGUCAGAGGCAGUUCUUUUUCAACCUGCCGCUGAAUUUCUUCCUCUCAUAGAUGAGGUGUACCAACAGUUGGUUGAGAAAACGAAAUCAACUCCUGGUGCUCGGGUGGAGAACAACAAAUUUUGUGUGUCUGUCCAUUUUCGUUGUGUUGACGAGAAGAAAUGGAGUGAACUGGCGCAACAAGUGAGAUCAGUGUUAAACAAGUACCGGAAGCUUCGUCUUAGCCAAGGGAGGAAGGUAUUGGAGAUUCGUCCUACUAUUAAAUGGGACAAAGGGAAGGCCCUCGAUUUUUUGUUAGAGUCUCUUGGAUUUGCCGACUGUAGUGAUGUAUUUCCUGUUUAUAUUGGAGAUGAUAGAACCGAUGAAGAUGCAUUCAAGAAAUUGAGAGACAGAGGACAAGGUCUUGGAAUUCUUGUCUCGAAAUUUCCGAAAGACACUAAUGCAGCAUACUCUUUACAAGAACCUAAUGAGGUUAUGGACUUUCUUCAACGUUUGGUGGAGUGGAAGAAAGAAUCCCUGCAAGCAUCUUCGUUGAUGUAAUUAGCCGAGUAGCAGCAGUACAGGGAUAAGUCUAUGUAGCUUCAGAUGCAAGUCUGAAUGGGUUAAAGUUGUCUUUCAUGUGAUUAUUAUUAUUAUUAUUAUUAUUAUUAUUAUUAUAA